AUGCAUUCUCAGUCGCAGUUGGACGCGAUCUGUCCCAUUCAGUGUCUGUGGUCCGUCCUCCCUGGUUACAAUUGGCCUCGUUCUCUCUCCGAGGCCACCUUCGCGACGAAUGCUUCUGCAGAAUCACAACACGCGGUGGCGGACUUCAUGCAGUGGGUCACCCACCGCGUCCACAGGAACUGGGUCAAUGACCACAUCGCCGCCGAGGUCCUCAUCUCGUCGCCAAUGCUCGGGCUCCCGAAGGCGUACUUCUCCCUGCUCACCGGGGACAACCGCGACUUCGAUCAUCGAUCCAUGGGCUCCAUGUCGGCCGUGGUCACCCACUUCUUCGGGCAGGCGACCCGGCGGACGCUCUGGCGAACGUGCUCCUCCCUGGCGCUCAUCAUGCCCAUCGGCGGCGACAGGCUGUGGGGCAGCCGCGUGAUGGGCCGUGCGAUGGUGCAGCUGGGGGAGCGCAACCUGUCGGUGGAGGAGGCCUACGACCUCGUGGCCAGCAACGGCUCUGUGCCUGCGGACCUCCGCCGCAUCUCCUCGUGGCUGCUGGACGGCGUGCGCCGGGACCGGCCCGCGGAGGCGGACGCCAUGCUCGCGCAGGUGGAGCCGCCGGAGCACGUCUGGGCGAACCCCCUGGCCGUGCCCCUGCCGUUUGCGCCGCAGAUGCAGAAGUACGCCUUCUACGGGGUGGGCGUGCAGACCGACGUGGCGGGCGUGCUGGAGGGAGAGGCGUCGCCCGGAGCGAACGGGGCGGAGUACUCCAUCAACGUCAGCGCCACGAAGGACUCGGGGUUCUUCUUCGGCGACGGGGACUACUCCUGCCCGGUCCUGACGCUGGGCGCGAUGUGCCAGAAGGGGUGGAAGGACGACCGCAGGAACCCCGGCAGGACCCCGUGCACGGUGAAGGAGUACGCCGACAGGUCCGAGGGCUCGCGGCUGUUCAGCCGGAAGGCGAUGCAGUCGGGCGUGGCCGAGACGUUCCGGGGCGGAGCCGCCUCUGGCGACCACGUCGACCUCCUGGGCAAUCACGAGAUGCUGAAGGACUUGAUCACCAUUGCCUCUGGUGGCAGCGUGGCCGAACACAUCCAGUCCAGCCUGCGCUCGUUCACGGAGAGGUGGGCGGAUGAGCAGCGGUAA